AUUCGGGCAAGUCUGCGAUCGAAAGGACUCGUCCUGUGAGGUUCUCAGUGUAUUAUUUUUCAUUUUCAACGAGUGGAAGCAUCAAAAGACACGCGCUUUCAAUUAUUUUCUUUGGUAAAUAUUUCGAAACGUCCGUGCCAAAUUUAAUAAGAUGUCCGCUGCGUACGACGCGUCCCUUUCUCUAAUAGAAAGAAAAAAGCUACAAUGGGCAAGGGAAAAGGAAGAACUCGCCGCUUUAGAUAAACAUUGGAAUUUAUCCGAAGAUACGCACGGACCAUUAGACAGGAUAUCGAGAGGAAUAACACGAAGAAGAAGCAGUCUACCACCUCUUUAUAAAAACCAAUACAAUUCUAACGAAAAACACGAUAGAGAGAAAGAAAUCGGCGGGGAAACAUCCGGAUACGGAAGUGACAAUCCGAAUCAUUCGCCCGAUUACGCCAACGCGCAAUCCGGGUACGAAUCUUCGUCAAGUAGAGACGAUAGAAUGAAAUGGAUAGACAAAAGUAAAUACUGGCAAUCCAAAGAAGAAUCUUUUCGCGAACACGGUAUACACGAACCGCCGAAUUGGGUAAAAAGAGGAUUGAAAGGAGAAGAGAUCGUUUUCAAUAAUACCUCACCGGCCGAAUCGCCCGAACAACGAUGCGAAGAAGAAAGAUCUCAAAUCGGCUCUAGUUGUUCGCGAAAUCGAAACACCUUCUUGCGAGGGCAGAACAUUCCCGUAGAUUCCGUCGAAAUGGCGGAACGCGAACGUCGUAGACAAAUAGCUCUGGCCCACCAGGACGCCAUACGUAAACAAUUGGAAGAAAGGGAAAGGAAACGACGAGAAGAAAACGAACGAAGGAUACGAGAAGAGCACGAAGAAGAACUAAGAAUAGAACGAGAACAAGAAAUAGAAAGGAAAAGGAGAGAGGAGGAGUAUAAAUUGUUACAAGAUAAAUUGGACAGGGAGAGGAAACGGAAGGAAGCCAUAGAGGAAGCUAUUGAAUUAGCAAAGAAGGAAGCGCUAUUAGCGAAAACGAAGAAGAAUAUUAAAAACGACGUGAAUAAAAUUAAAAAUAUGGAAAUUAGUAAAAAUGCGGAUCUUUUCGAGGAGAAAUUGAAUAACAAAAAAUUGGAGAACAUUGAUAACGACGUUAAUAAUAAUUUGGAGGUUAGAGGCAAAAGUUUAUCACCUAGAGAUAAUGAAGAAACGAAAAUUUCGUCUCCUAGAGACAAAGAAAUUCCACAAACGACUCCCAGAACGGACAAUAACGUCACUCUUAUAAUACCGGGUGGCGUCGAAAAAUUCCAGUAUGCUUUAUUAAUACCGAACACGCCUCGUAUAGAAGCUCGAGUUUUAACUCCGACGCAAUACAGAGAAAAUAAAAAAUUCUGCGAUUGUAGCACGCAAACUGAAGAAUCGGUUUUCCUUAGAACGGACGUGAUUCGAAAAGAAAGAAGAAGCAGGAGCGAAAAUUUGGAGGAGAGGCCAAAAUGGGGGGUGAAUAGACCACCGACAAGAUACGUGAAACAGAGCGAGAAAGAUCUACUGUAUCAAAAGAGGAAACUGAGACAGAAAUCGAGGGAGGAGAAGAAUUCGAGCGAUGAAAGCCAAUUGGGAUCGCCCACGAUGACUUAUAGGAAGAAGGGACAUUCCAGGAGGAGUAUAAGGAUGAUUCAAACGGAAAAUAUUCCUUUGGAAACCGAUAGGGAUCACAUUUAUUAUAAAAGGCAUUUUUGUUGUUGUAUGUGCAGGUGUAGUAGACACUCGUGUUCGGAAAACGGCGUCAAAGUCGAUAUUUUGAGAAUCGAUGAUCAUUCGCCUCGAGAAAAAUCGAUUUUACGUCACGAAGAAAUCGAUAAACUACCGGAAUUGGAUAUUAACUUGAACAAUAUGGAGAAACUGGAUAAAUUACGUAACGGAUUGUUGUUGAAACGCGAACAAUGGGAGGAAGAUGUCAAUUUACAUUCCCCGCAAGUUUCGACUAGUUAAAAUUUAUCGAUAUUAUGAAAAUCAAACGAAAAAAUCGAAAACAGAAAUAUCGUAUUCGUAUACGACGAUAACGCCUAUUUAAAAUACCCGAGUACAAUUUUUUUCUCGAUUUGGAGUGUAUAUCAACGAAAACACGUGUUUUAUGUCAUAUGUCAACUGUCAUAUGUCAUAUAUUCAAUAAUUACAUAUUCUACGCCAUCUAUCGUCCGUCAUAUGCUUUAUGUCAUCUGAUAUCAAUUACGAGUUUUACGUCAUCUGUCAUCUAUCAUCCGUCUUAUGUUUCAUGUCAUCUGUCAACAAUUUUAAGUUCUGUUGUAUCUAUUAUCUAUCUCGUACCUUGCUUCAUCUGUCAUUCAGCAUAUAUUUCUCCCACUUAUGUCAUUAAUUUCGAAUUUUAUGUCAUUUGUCACCUAUCAUCGUCAAGUUUUGUGUCAUCUGUCAACAAUUACGAGUAAAUAUUUUGAUCAUUUGUCAUUUAUCAUAUUUUUUGUGUCAUCUGUCAUCUACCGUAUGUUCCACGUCAAUUGUCAUCAAUUACGAGUUCAUAACUCGUUUCAUCUGUCAUUUAUCAUAUUUUUCGUGUCAUUUGUCAUCUACCAUAUAUUCCACGUCAUUUGUCAUCAUUUUCGAGUUCUAUUGCAACUGUUAUCUAGCUCAUCUGUCAUCAACAUAUAUUUCUCGCCAUAUGUCAUUAAUUUCGAAUUUUAUGUCAUUUGUCACCUAUCAUCGUCAAGACUUGUGUCAUCUGUCAACAAUUCCGAGUUCUGUUGCAUCUGUCAUCUAAAACGUAUCUUGUUUCAUCUGUCAUUUAUCAUAUUUUUUAUGUCAAUUGUCAUUUAUUAUAUAUUCCACGUCAUCUGUCAUUAAUUCCGAGUUCAUAUCUCGUUUCAACUGUCAUUUAUAAUAUUUUUUGUGUCAGUUGUCAUUUAUCAUAUAUUCCACGUCAUCUGUCAUUAAUUCCGAGUUGAUAUCUCGUUUCAACUGUCAUUUAGCAUAAUUUUGUGUCAUUUGUCAUCUACCAUAUGUUCCAAGUCAUUUGACAUCAUUUUCGUGUUUUAUUGCAUCUAUCAUCCAUAAUGUGUUCCCAGUCAUCCGUCAAACGAAGUGUGUCAUAUGUCAAUUAUCAUAAGUUUCGUGUCAUCUGUCAUUCGUUAAGUGUUUUGUGUCAUAUGUCACGUGUCAUCGAAUGUUUUUAGAUAUAACGAAUUUCGAUUCAAGCCUGUAUAAAAAUCGAUAGGAAAUAUGGCGAAACUCGACGAUUUUCUAACGAAAAAAAAAGAAACCGUCCCAAUUCUCGAUAUGUCGAAAACCGUCAUAAAUUCCAAAGAAGAAUUCAGGAGGUUAUUGGAACGAGUUCCAGAUUUUAGAAUCAAACCGGAAAAAGUCCUACCGGAAACGAUAAAAAUAAGAGAGAAAAAUUUCAAAUUCAAGAUAAACAAGAAUGAAGUUAAACGUAAUAAAGAAAAA